AUGGCUUCUAACGACAAGGGCUUGGAGGAGAUCCCCGAGGGACAGAUCGAGACUAACUACGAUGAGGUUACCGACUCUUUCGACUCCAUGGACCUGAAGCCCGAGCUGCUUCGCGGUGUCUACGCCUACGGUUUUGAGCGUCCCUCCGCUAUCCAGCAGCGUGCCAUCAAGCCCAUCAUUGCCGGCCACGAUGUCAUUGCUCAGGCUCAGUCUGGUACCGGAAAGACUGCCACUUUCUCCAUCUCCGCUCUCCAGAAGAUUGACCAGGAGCUCAAGGCUUGCCAGGCUCUGAUUGUCGCUCCCACCCGUGAGUUGGCUCAGCAGAUCCAGAAGGUCGUUGUUGCCAUUGGUGACUUCAUGAACAUUGAGUGCCACGCCUGCAUUGGUGGUACCAACGUCCGUGACGACAUGAACGCCCUCCGCGCCGGCCCCCAGGUCGUUGUCGGUACCCCCGGUCGUAUCCACGAUAUGAUUGAGCGCCGUGUCCUCAAGACCGACCAGAUGAAGCUCUUCAUCCUCGACGAGGCUGAUGAGAUGCUUUCUCGUGGUUUCACCGAGCAAAUCUACGACAUCUUCCAGCUCCUCCCCCAGUCUACCCAGGUCACCCUGCUGUCCGCUACCAUGCCCCAGGAUGUCCUUGAGGUCACCACCAAGUUCAUGCGUGACCCCAUCCGUAUCCUGGUCAAGAAGCAGGAGCUUACCCUUGAGGGUAUCAAGCAGUUCUACAUUGCUGUUGAGAAGGAGGAGUGGAAGCUCGACACCCUCUCCGAUCUCUACGAGACCGUCACCAUUACCCAGGCCGUCAUCUUCUGUAACACCCGCCGCAAGGUCGACUGGCUCACUGACAAGCUCACUGCCCGUGACUUCACCGUCUCUGCCAUGCACGGUGACAUGGAGCAGGGCCAGCGUGAUGUUAUCAUGAAGGAGUUCCGUUCCGGAUCUUCCCGUGUCCUGAUCGCCACUGACCUUCUGGCCCGUGGUAUCGAUGUCCAGCAGGUCUCCCUGGUCAUCAACUACGACCUUCCCGCCAACCGUGAGAACUACAUCCACCGUAUCGGUCGUGGUGGUCGUUUCGGUCGUAAGGGUGUUGCCAUCAACUUCGUCACCGCUGACGAUGUCCGCAUGAUGCGUGAGAUUGAGCAGUUCUACAGCACCCAGAUCGAGGAGAUGCCCAUGAACGUUGCUGACCUCAUCUAA